UGCAGGUCCUUUUGGUUGGCUUCUUCUCAACUUCACUAGUGUUUGCGCUGAAGGUCGUCGCGGAAUAUGGUUUAUUUCGAUAGAAUCCUUUUCCUGCUGUAUGGUUAUCUACUGGAAUAUGGCCGUAUUUUUGUCCUUCGGAACGGCCUGCUCCAUCUGUCGUCCGUCCACGAUCGUAGGGCGUACGCAGGUCGGCAGCAGACCGAGAGAGCGAACCAACAUAUGGCGUCGGCCACCUCGCGGUUCAUGCUGGCCGCGGGCGUGCCCGCGACGGGCGGCGGCAGCAGCGGCCGCGUCAGCUUCGUGUCGGUGCCCAGCAGGCUGCAGGGCAGGAGGCUCGUGGUGCGGGCCGAGGAGGAGGCCGCGGCGGCGGAGGCGCCCACGGCGGAAGGGGAGGGCGUCGUGGCCACCAAGCCCAAGACCGAGAAGCCGCCGCCGAUCGGGCCCAAGUGGGGUGCCAAGACGGCGGCGGCGGCAAGCGCAGCGACUCCGACGAGAGUGACCAAGCAAGUUGGUUCCGGUCUUCUCUCUCUAUGGGUGGAAGAAGUCUUGGGAGUUUGGCGUGACCCUGUGGGAUUUAGGAAAGCAAGCACCUGACAUUGAACAGGCACACUCAUGAAAGAAAUAGCUUUGGUUCCUGAUUGUGGAAUGGUUCUUUUCUGCACUUGACCCGAGGUUGAGCAACAUCCUUCCUGCCAUGAUCUUUGUGAUGGCUGUGAUUUUCAGUAUACAUACAUCAUCUAAUUGAAAAUGCAUUGAAUUUUUAGACUGCAAGUUACCUAAUUGUUUGUUGUUCGAGUAGUAAUUUAUCUCAUAGAUUCUCUGAUCGUUUUCUUGUUGGAGUAUUAUCUACUUUGAACAAGGUGAGCAGUAAGUUUUACAUUGUAGAGUUACCUGAUUGUUUUCUGAUGAUUGAGUUAUCUAGCAUCCCUUUCAUUUUCAGUUAAGCAAUUUUUCUAUUAUCUACUAGCAUUUUUAAGUAAUGGUUAAAUUGUUUAUUUAUCAUGUAUUAGCAUUUUUUCAGUUGUCUUGGCAUUCUUUUUAACAAUAUGUGUGUUUAGCUUAGUGCAUCUUUUCGUUUUGCUGCCUUUUUAUGUGUUCAGCUUAAAGGAUCAUGCCACUAGGCAAAUACAUGGACCUGAUUUAGACAAUAAUAUAGGUAGGGAUCAAACAAUAAUAUUGUUUUAGAUAGAUAAUAAUAUAGUUCGCAAUAGAUACUUUUUAAAAUAAGCAAUAUACUGCAGUAGGGUUAGUUGAUGUACCUGUAGGAACAAAAUAACAAGACUAGGAGUAGAUGGAACUGUGAGUCUGAUAAUGUUGGAUCCUGCCGUAGCCGCUGUCUUGUACCUUUUUUUUUUGCAUAUUCUUCGUCCUAUUCUUUAUUUCAUCAAUUUCAGAGUGCAUCAUCUCAAACGUACUGCGCUUCAUGCUUCGCAUCAUACCCUCGUGCGUUUUUUUCUACUCCUUUUUGAGAAUAUAUAGAAUAGAUUUUGAGUGUAUACAGUAACAACAUGCUUCUUGACUAGUUACUUAGACCAUCUCCUUCGGGUCCUUGUCAUCGUUCCUGAAAUCAUACCCAUUCUUAGCAAUAUAGCACUUCUCUUGAAUCUUUUGGUACUGCAUUAGAUAAUAAUAUGAUCAUUUGUUAGGCAAUAAUGUGGACAGGAGUAAGCAAUUAUAUGUGGUGUGAAUUUUGCAAAACAAGAGAAUUUAGUAUGCAAUAAUAUGGCUAUGGAUCGUGCAAUUAUAUUGUAAUAAAUAAGUAGAACAAUGUAUUUGACUAGUCAAUGUCAACGGAAUAUUUUAUAAAUCCUAAUUUUUUUACAAGAGAGUUCAGCUUAGUAUGUCACGUACAACUGCCACCCCAUUGUACCAGGAUAUAGGAUACAGAAGCUAGUUCUUCAGCUCAUCCCUUUUUGCCCUUACGCUGCACUGCAUGCUAUCUAAUUGGACCCUUUUUCCCCUGGCAUAUGGCAGGUCACUAAGGAGUUUUCAUGAAUGCAAAUAAGAGUACAAUAAUAGUCUGAGAAGCAAAUAUUAGAGCAGCAUGUUAGUAUUAAGCCAGGAAGCAAAUGUUGUGUUCAUUCCUCUUGGGAGUGCAUGUUGUGUUCUAACUUUUUUGUGUAGCUGUAAGAUGCCUCACGCUGUCAUCGCAACACUGUAAAUAACUAGUAUAGGUUCAUGCAGUCUCUGUCUGUACAGAUCUGAUGUUUAGUACUCCUGGUUGCCUAUGGAACUCUAAAUAAAGUGGCUUGGAAUUUUUUUCCAUA